AUGGGGUUAAAGAAGAUCUUCUCCAAAGACAAGAAAGAUAAGCAAGACAGUAGCAGCCUCACAUCUCACAGCAGCCGACGUGAAUCCACCACUUCUCUUCAAAAGGCAUUCGGCACUUGGGGCCAUAAGGAAAAGGAAAAGAUAAAGCAUCUUAGUUUAAGCAGCACCAGUAGCCAUGGCUCAACAGCAGGCCAUGUCAAGCGACUUUCUGAGCCGUCUCCGGCCGCUUCCUUUGUAUCAUUAGCUCAUCCACUGCCACCCACAAGAGAGAAUAAGGUUACUCAAAAUUAUGACCAACAACAAAGGACCGUGCAACAACAAAAGCGUCAUAGCAGUACAAACCCAUUUGCCAACUCAACUGCCACUUCUCCAGUAACGCCAUCAGGCUCCAUGCAAGAUGUCAACAACGUAGUGAAUGUAUUGAGAAACUCAGUGUCGUCUGAGGCAUCCUUAUCAACAUUUGCAUCAGCUACAGACGAAGAGAAACACACACAAUACAAUACGUCGCACGAAACAAUACCUGUUGCCGUCAAAUCAGUUCAACAGGAGAGCACAAACCCUUUCCUUGUCGAGACAAGCAGUAGAGAUACCGAAGCAGCAGUAAAACAAGAAAAGAGACAAAGCCAAGUGUUCUAUCCUCCACUAACAAACAAUAACGACUCAAACAAGUACGAGGUAUCUGAUGAUGAAGGACGCCAUGCAGAUGAGAGUAUGAGGGAUGCGCCAUUGACUCCUCCUGACUCGGCCAAGAAUGAGAAUGACAGUCAAGAUGAUGAUGACUCAUUGUAUACAGAGUUGCUGGCAGUACAAUAUCAACUGGAGGCUGUGAACCCAAACAAUGCAGUGGAAAUUAAACAGCGUUUGAAAGGCGUAAACCAUCUCUUGACAAAGGCAUUGGAUAACAGCAGCCAUCUAGAGAGUCGACUGAAAUCGGUGAUAGAAACAUCCAAACAAACCAUCAUUACUGUCAACGAGGAGAACAAGGCUUUAAAGGCAUCGGGUGAAACAACCAAGGCGGAAUUAGAACAAAUAAAGCAGCAACACAAAGAGAUGAACGAGAAGCAUCAGAGCCAGCUGAUAGUAUACCAAGCACUGAAAGAGCAACAUGAUGGUGUCAUCAAGGAGAAUCAAGAUUUGCUGCAAAAGACACAGGAUCUCGGUGCUCAAUUGGAUCAACAAAUGGCUACCCACAACAAUGUUUCCUUGUUGCUCAAUAAUGGCAAAAGCACAAAUGAAGCUGAAGAUGGUGAUGCUGAUAUACAAGAUAGGCUCAAGAAAAUCCUUGCAUUGUCUGCCUCUGCUCAACUACUGAACAAACAGCUGGAAGAGAAACUACAGGUUUCGACAGCGCAGCAUGCGCAGGAAAUAGAAGCACUCAAACAGACAUUUGAAGCUGAAAAGCAACAGUAUUUGGAGACCAAAAAGCAGGAGUUACUAGCAUUGGAGGCCGCCAAAGAUCAGCAACUGCAGCUUAAACAAGGAGAGCUGCUUGAUUUACAGACAAGACUGGAAACAGAGAAGAUUCAAGAGCUUGAAUCAAAGCAGCAAGAGCUACUUGCCUUGCAAAUAAAGAUGGACACAGAUGUCAAGACUUUGGAGAGCACACACCAGGCUGAGAUUCAAGCUCUAGAACAAGAACAAGAGCAAAAGCAAGAAGCCUUGUUAUUAGAACGCAAGGCCAAGGCCGAUGCACAUGUUGCUGCAUUGGAAAAUAGCCAUCAGACUGAACUGCAAGACCUGCGAGCCAAGCUUGAGCAAGAGCAGCAAUCAAAGUUGGAGUCUCUGGAAAGCGAGCAUGAAAAGGUGGUACAAGAAUUGAAGGCCAAGGCAGAAACUGACAUCAAGUCCGUCGAAGAGCAAUAUCAAUCCAAAAUGCAAGCUUUGGAGUUGAAAUACACAGCACUUAUCACAGAUGCCGCCAAGGAUAUUGAGCAGGAACAACAGAAAUGGCAGCAAAAAGAGUCUGAAUUUACCAGUUGCAUUGAAGGGUUGGAAAAGUCCAACAGUGACGUCAGCUUGGAGCUAGAAACGCAGAAGAACCACAUCAAGAAACUGGAGGAGGAAAAUGACAGAUUCAAGAGCCAGAUUGAUAUCCUCAAGAGUCAUACCUCCGACGAUGUCCAGAAGGUAGCGCAAGACAAUGAUGCAUACAAGCAAGAAAUAGACACGUUGCAAAAAGACAAGGAAACGUUGCAAAAAGAGCAUGCUGUUGUAGUUGCAGAAUUAGCAACAUUGACAAAAGCCUUGGAAUCUACAAAACAAGAAAAUCUCGGGUUACAAUCACAAAUGGACGAAACACAGCAACAGCUUUUAGAACUCCAGUCCUCCAAAGAAACGUCUGAUAAGGUGCUAAAGGAACGUAUUCAAAUGAUAAAUGAGCAAUCUUCACAGUCUCUUAUCGAAGCUCAGCAACAACAUGAAACGGAGCUAUCAGAAGCACAGCAGGAGUGUCAACAGCUCAAGGAUCAAUUGGAGGCAAUAGAACAAGCGUCAAAGAAAGCAGCUGAAUCAGUGUUGGACGAGAAUGAGCGAUUAGAAAACCGCCUGCGUGAGCUGGAAGAGACGUCUCAAUUGGCCACUCGUGAAAAUAUAGCAUUGAAGGAAGAGGUGGAGCUACUCAGUAAAGGCACAUCCAAGAAGGCCAUUGUCACAGAGAACCAACAACUGAAGGCUGAGCUCAAGUCGAUGAGAAAUUUUCGACAAGAGAAUGAAAAUUUGACAGAGAUGGUGGAAUGCCUGCAGGCCAAGGUGAAGGAGCUAUCAAUUGAGGAUCAAAUCAACGUCAGAAUGAACAACAAAGAAGGUAAUAACACAGCAGAACAUCAAAUGUUUAUACACGCAAGAGCACAGCUUGGUUUAAUCGAGUAUUUGGAAGGAGAAAACGACGUAUCGCUGGCCAUCUCUAAGUUUAAGAGGCAAUUGGAUGCUCAGAUGAGGAAAUUUGCCUCGUCGACGAUAAGCGAGAAUAACAUUGGGCCCAUUCCUUCAGCUUCGACAUCUGAACGUAUGCGUUAA